GAAUAUUUUUCAAAUUUUUUACUAAAUAUAAUUCAACCAAUCAUAAAAUUAUUGAAUAUGAGUAUAAACAGUAUAUAGUAUUCAUAUACAAAUACAAUAACAACUUUUUUUUUUGAAAAAAGUCAUAAAGCUCUAUAAUGAAUGCAUGUGAUUAUUUACUUAUUGUUGUUAGAGUAUGAUGGCUAUAAUUACUGCACUGUAAGCCUACUAUACAACCGUCAACAUGGUAGAUUUUACUUCCAUUUUUAGAAUGGGUCUUUUCUGUUUUUAUUUUCUUAUAAAUAAAUAAAUAAAAAUGUUCCCUUUACUAGUUUCUUGAAAAGGAAAGCGAGAGUUAGAUCCGCUUGUGCAGUAAGCACUUGGGUAACAAGAGUCUACUUGCUUUUUCUGGAGAUUGACUCCACAGGUCAGUCAAACCUUUUUAACUUUACCACAUAACAACACCCGCAGAAUCACUAUAGUCAAACUUUUCUGUUAAUUACUAAACCAUACUACUAUACUGAAAAUACUAAUCUGCUUAAUCAAGAUCAGCUUAUAGUUUAUUAAUUUAUCUAAAACUUCAAAUUAUUUUUACCGUCACCAUUUUUGUCAUUAAUUUUUCCCAAUUUUUAAGACAAGUAAAGAACCGAACCGGCUCGCUGCUACAGUCUCGACAGAUACAUGGGGGGUUUGGUUCGUCAAACAGUUGUUGUUGUAGUUAAGGCACGUGGGCGCAUGUACAGCGUGGAUGAUACAUCGAUACAUCACAUGACCUGUUUGCAAUUUGAUAUUAAGACGGUCAAUGCGAAUGUUAAUUUUUUUGUUUUGUAAUCAUAAGAAGAAAACAAUGAAAGGGGCUUUUAUAUUAGUUGCAGAUAAAGCAAAAGAAGUUACAAGCCCAAUAAGCUAUAGUUGUUUCGGCAAGGGCCCAAUAAUAAACAUACUUGCUGAACCUGAGAGAAAUGAAACGGCAACCUUGUGAUCGAAAAUAAUGGACGACGAAGAAGAAGCGUACUUGAAGGCGGCGUUUGGCGAUUCUUCAGACGAUGAGCAUCUCGCAGAUCGCGAAACGACGGCGGUUUGGGAGAGAGUGGAGAAGAUCAAUGGUUUAUGGCUAUGUAGAAACUUUCUCUCUGUUCAUCAUCAGUCUCAUUUACUCUCCGCCAUUGUCAACGAAGGUUGGUUCGUUGAAGAAUCUAUUAACCAGGCGAUGAGAUUUGGUGAUCUACCUUCAUGGGCAACAGAACUAUCUGAUCUCAUACUCGAGUCCGUGGAGUCUGUUGAUCUUCCGGUGUUGCCUGCUGAUUUGCUGUGGAGAGAGCCUCUGUUCAACCAGUUCAUUGUCAAUUUAUACCAACCAGGUGAGGGGAUUUGUGCACAUGUUGAUCUGCUGCGUUUUGAAGAUGGAAUUGCGAUUGUCUCUCUUGAGUCUCCUUGCGUGAUGCGGUUCAGUCCAGCAGAACAGGGAGAAGGUGAAGGUGUGGAUGUUUUGUUGAGCCCAGGAUCUCUCAUUCUCAUGUCUGGAGAAGCUAGAUAUAGAUGGAAACACGAGAUUAACAGGAAGCAGAUUGGGUUUCAGGUAUGGGAAGGAGAAGAAAUUGAUCAGAAACGAAGAAUCUCCAUCACCUUGAGGAAGCUAUGUCCAUCUUAGGUCUGACUUGCUAAGUUUAGUCAUCUUUUUGUAAACUGUAUGUGCUUAACUACUACUUACAUGAGUAAGAACUUUUAGUUCUUUUAUUUCCCAUUUUUACAAAAAAUGUUAUUAAACAUACAGAACAGUAAUUGAAAUACUUAUGAUUAUAAUUAUUUAAAAGGUGUUAUUUGUUUAUGAA